ACUCAGCCUCCCAGGUGCUCAGCACUUCCAGCACUGCUGGGGGCUUGGCUUCUGAAAGCCCUGGGAACGAAUGCUCAAGGCUCCACAGUCUUUCCAACCCUCUCCUGCUGCCAUGAAGAUUGCAGUGAUUGGACAGAGCCUGUUUGGCCAGGAAGUUUACUGUCACCUGAGGAAAGAGGGCCACGUGGUCGUGGGUGUGUUCACUGUCCCAGACAAGGAUGGGAAAGCCGACCCCCUGGGCCUGCAGGCCGAGAAGGACGGAGUGCCAGUGUUCAAGUUCCCCCGGUGGCGGGCCCAGGGCCGAGCUCUGCCUGAUGUGGUGGCAAAAUACCAGGCUUUGGGGGCCGAGCUCAACGUCCUGCCCUUCUGCAGCCAGUUCAUCCCCAUGGAGGUCAUCAACGCCCCCCAACACGGCUCCAUCAUCUAUCACCCGUCACUGCUGCCCAGGCACCGCGGGGCCUCGGCCAUCAACUGGACCCUCAUUCAUGGAGAUAAGAAAGGGGGGUUUACCGUCUUCUGGGCAGAUGACGGUCUGGACACUGGGGACAUUCUGCUGCAGAAGGAGUGUGAGGUGCUUUCAGAUGACACCGUGAGCACUUUGUACAACCGCUUCCUCUUCCCCGAAGGAGUCAAAGGGAUGGUGCAGGCUGUGAGGCUGAUCACUGAAGGCAAAGCCCCCAGACUUCCUCAGCCGGAGGAAGGAGCCACCUAUGAGGGGAUUCAGAAGAAGGAGACAGCCAAGAUCAACUGGGACCAGCCAGCAGAGGCCAUUCACAACUGGAUCCGUGGGAAUGACAAGGUGCCAGGGGCCUGGACAGAGGCCUGUGGACAGAAGCUGACGUUUUUUAAUUCAACGCUGAACACUUCAGGCCUGGUGCCUGCAGGAGAAGUUUUGCCUAUCCCAGGAUCCCAUCGGCCAGGGUUGGUCACCAAAGCAGGACUCCUCCUCUUUGGGAAUGAUGACAGAAUGCUGCUUGUGAAAAACAUCCAACUGGAGGAUGGCAAGAUGGUCCUGGCCUCGAACUUCUUCAGGGGAGAAGCCAGCAGUGCCCUCGAGCUGACAGAAGAGGAACUGGUCACUGCGGAGGCCGUGCGGAGCGUUUGGCAACGCAUCCUCCCCAACAUCCUGGAGGUUGAAGACUCCACCGAUUUCUUCAAGUCAGGGGCUGCAUCUGUGGACGUUGUGAGGCUGGUAGAGGAAGUCAAGGAGCUGUGUGAUGGCCUGGAGUUAGAAAAUGAAGACGUUUACCUGGCAACCACCUUCAGGGACUUCAUCCAGCUGUUAGUGAGAAAACUGAGAGGAGACGAAGAUGAGAGCGAGUGUACCAUUGACUGUGUAGAAAAAGCAGCCAACAAGCGGACUCUUCGAAUGCCCCAUCAGCUCUUUAUUGGGGGGACGUUUGUGGAUGCUGAGGGUGCCAAGACCUAUGACACCAUCAACCCGACUGACGGAAGUGUUAUCUGCCAGGUGUCCCUGGCCCAAGUCAGUGAUGUUGACAAGGCAGUGGCAGCAGCGAAGGACGCCUUUGAGAAUGGUCGGUGGGGGAAGAUCAGUGCACGGGACCGGGGCCAGCUCCUGUACAGGUUGGCUGAUCUCAUGGAGCAGCACCAGGAGGAGUUGGCCACCAUCGAGGCCCUGGAUGCGGGCGCUGUCUACACGCUGGCCCUGAAGACCCACGUGGGCAUGUCCAUCCAGACCUUCCGCUACUUUGCUGGCUGGUGUGACAAGAUCCAGGGCUCCACCAUCCCCAUCAACCAGGCCAGACCCAACCGCAACCUGACCUUGACCAGGAAGGAGCCUGUUGGGGUCUGUGGCAUUGUCAUCCCUUGGAAUUAUCCACUAAUGAUGCUAUCCUGGAAGACUGCUGCCUGCCUGGCUGCUGGGAACACAGUGGUGAUCAAACCUGCCCAGGUGACCCCACUCACAGCCUUGAAGUUUGCAGAGCUGACACUGAAGGCUGGCAUUCCCAAAGGCGUGGUCAACAUCCUCCCGGGAUCUGGCUCACUGGUUGGCCAGAGGCUCUCAGACCAUCCAGAUGUGAGGAAAAUCGGGUUCACAGGCUCCACAGAGGUGGGAAAACACAUCAUGAAAAGCUGUGCCCUGAGUAACGUGAAGAAGGUGUCCUUGGAGCUGGGCGGGAAGUCACCACUCAUCGUCUUUGCUGACUGUGACCUCAACAAGGCUGUGCAGAUGGGGAUGAGCUCUGUUUUCUUCAACAAAGGGGAGAACUGCAUUGCAGCAGGCCGGCUCUUUGUGGAGCACUCCAUUCAUGAUGAGUUUGUGCAGAAAGUGGUAGAAGAGGUGAGGAAGAUGAAGAUUGGCAACCCUUUAGACAGGGACACCAACCACGGGCCGCAGAACCACGAAGCCCACCUGAAGAAGCUGAUGGAGUAUUGCCAACAAGGCGUGAAGGAAGGGGCCACACUGGUCUGUGGUGGGAAGCAAGUCCCCCGGCCAGGUUUCUUCUUUGAGCCAACAGUUUUCAUGGACGUGGAGGACCACAUGUUCAUCGCCAAGGAAGAGUCCUUCGGGCCCAUCAUGAUUAUCUCUCGGUUUGCUGAUGGAGACGUGGAUGCCGUGCUGUCUCGGGCUAAUGCCACAGAAUUUGGCCUGGCUUCUGGUGUCUUCACCAGGGACAUCAACAAGGCCCUGUACGUCAGCGACAAGCUCCAGGCAGGCACUGUGUUCAUCAAUACAUACAACAAGACCGAUGUAGCUGCUCCCUUUGGAGGAUUCAAGCAGUCCGGAUUUGGCAAAGAUCUGGGAGAGGCAGCUCUAAACGAGUACCUACGAGUCAAGACGGUGACUUUCGAGUACUGAAGAAAGACCUCCAUGAGAAGAAAGACCCAUCUCGGCCGUGCCGCCUUUUCUGCACACCUCUGACCUGCCUCCCUCAGACAGACCCAGGGCUGGUCCCUGGUGGUCAGGUCACCCUUCCCUCCCCAGUCCAGAGUGCAAAGUGCCUCCCGCCAACAGAAUCCCUCUUGCCUGCACUCCCAUCUACAUCCAGGACUCCUUCUGUCCGACUGGAAGCAGCCCUUGACUGAGUGAGGCAUGGCCCCCAAGGAGAAUAAAGGUCCUGAGCAGAGGCUG